AAUAACUCAACUUUUAUGUAAUUGUUUAUUUACAUUUGUUAAAACGCGUGUCGUCGGCAAAGAAUUGGAAAGCAUGGCAGCACCGGCAGCGGCGUCGGAAUUUGCUUUGACAUUUUCUAUUCUAAAAACAUGUCCUGUUACGAAAGCUCGGACUUCUAUCUUAACUCUACCUCAUGCUGUUGUAAAAACUCCAGUGUUUAUGCCUGUAGGAACCCAAGGAACUCUUAAAGGUUUGCUACCAGAGCAGUUAGAAGAGUUAAACUGUAAUAUGAUGCUAUCUAACACGUACCAUUUAGGAAUGAGACCAGGCCAAGAAAUUAUUGAAAAAGCUGGUGGACUUCAUAAAUUUAUGAAUUGGAAAAAUGGAUUACUCACUGACAGUGGGGGUUUUCAAAUGGUUUCUCUUGUCAAAUUAUCUAAAGUGACAGAAGAUGGUGUAAACUUUGUCUCUCCUUAUGAUGAAAAAGAAAUCUUAUUGACACCUGAGAAGUCAAUAGAUAUCCAAAAUAGCAUUGGCGCUGAUAUCAUCAUGCAACUUGAUGAUGUAGUCAGCAGCACGAUCUCAGGACCACGAGUAGAAGAAGCAAUGCACAGAACUUAUAGAUGGUUAGAUAGAUGCAUCAAACAACAUGCAAAACCUGAAAGUCAGAAUUUAUUUCCCAUUGUUCAAGGUGGCCUUGAUCCUGAAUUAAGACGGCAAUGUGUAGCAGAGUUACUGAAAAGAAAAGUUGCUGGUUAUGCCAUUGGAGGUCUGAGUGGUGGUGAGGCAAAAGAAGACUUUUGGAAAAUGGUGCAUUUAAGUACAGACUUGUUACCAAAAGAUAAACCAAGAUACUUAAUGGGAGUUGGAUUCCAGCUUGAUCUCGUAGUGUGCUCUGCCCUUGGCUGUGAUAUGUUUGAUUGUGUUUUUCCUACAAGAACUGCUAGAUUUGGAACUGCUCUGGUUCCAGGUGGAGAGCUCAAUUUGAAACUCCAAAAGUUUGCCAAAGAUUUUCGGCCCAUUGAUGAAAACUGUAAAUGUCCAACUUGUGUUCGUUACUCUCGAGCUUAUAUUUACCAGAUCAUAAGAAAGGAGCCUGCUGCUUGUCAUAUGAUUACAACUCACAACAUUGCCCAUCAAAUGAACUUAAUGAAAUCUAUUCGGGAAAGCAUUCUAGAAGAACGGUUCCCUCAAUUCAUUGAAGAUUUCAUGCUGAAGAUGUUUCCUAACAAAGAUUAUCCUCCAUGGGCUGUAGAUGCUUUGCAGGCAGUUAACAUUCAUCUGCCUUCGUAGUUCUGAUGUAGCAUUUUUAAUUGUUGAAAGAAGUAAUGAGACUAUUUCUGUGGCUGCUUUGAAAACAAUGUCAAAUAUUCUACUUAUUGAAUUUUAUUUAUAACUAUCUCCUUCUAUUAUUGUGAUCUAUUCAUGGAAAAGAUGAGCAAUGAAAUGUUAGUUUUUUAGGAAAACCAAAGAAUUAUUCUAUUUUAUUCUACUGUUUAUCGUUUUUUUUUACAUGAAGACU